GCGCCCGUCCUCUUAUUUCCUUUACUAUAUCUUACUUUGCUCCGUUGACUGUCAGUGGUUCGAGAUGCCAUCAUCGACCUGGUGAGGAUACAGAUCCAGCGAUGCGUCUUCCAAGAUGUGAGAAGCAGGCGGAAGCCAGAUCCUGGAGUACCUUAGGUACGCCUCAAGUGAGGCAACAAUCUAUUGGAAAAACUCAUCUGUCUUUUUCGCCCUGAAGCAACACCUUACGCUCGCCAAUGAGCACAUCAGUUUCCUCAUCAUCUGCAAGACAAAACCUCUUUCUUAUAUCCUUCGUUCCUAUUUGGCUGCAAGUACCGCCAAGUCAUGUGGCUGAUUAACGUCAAUACGUUUGAGCUGGAGGAUUUUAUUGAGCCAGACUUCCCUUACGCCAUCCUCUCUCAUACCUGGGGCAGCGAAGAAGUGUCUUUCCGGGAACUCAAAUACCAAAGAGACGACAAUGUCUGGAGAAAGGCCUGUUACCUCAAGAUUUACAACACAUGCCGAGUGGCCAAAUCCCUCGACUUGGGCUACGUAUGGGUCGACACUUGCUGCAUCGACAAAACGUCCAGCGCUGAACUAUCCGAGGCCAUCAACUCAAUGUUCCGCUGGUACAAUCGGUCGUGGGUCUGUUUCGCCUACCUCUCCGAUAUGGACGAUUUGUCUAGCUCGGCCACUUUCCUCGAAAGCUUAGCUGAUUCCCGGUGGUUCAUCCGGGGUUGGACUUUGCAAGAGCUGCUGGCGCCAAAGGUUGUCACUUUCUACAAUGCAUCCUGGCAGCUGCUUGGUUCCAAGGAGACUCUGUCCACCCUCUUAUCGUCCAUCACAGGCAUCGACGAGGCCAUCCUUAUUGGCAAGGCUCCUCUUCUCAAGAUCCCCGUUGCAACUCGCAUGUCUUGGGCCUCAAAGCGUCAAACUACUCGGAUUGAGGACUCUGCAUACUGCCUUCUCGGAAUAUUCGGUAUCAACAUGCCCUUACUGUACGGCGAAGGAGAGAAAGCCUUCGCGCGGCUGCAGUCUGAGAUUCUCCAAGAAACAAACGACCUCUCUCUACUCGCCUGGACCUCAACUGUCUCGGACCCCGAACGUCGAGAAGAAUACAGCGGACUGCUUGCGAAGUCACCAUCUGAUUUUCUCGUAUGCUCGAAAAUCAAGCUAGUCAGCAGGCCAAGGCUGUCUGAAGACCCUGAAGUUGGCGUGACCAGAACGAAGGUUUCAAUUAAGACUGUGCUCUGUUACUGUGACCGCUUUGAAGAAGAAAUUGUCUCCCGAGGCGAAGCAGAAUACAUAAUGCAGCUAUAUCACAGCUUCAUCGAUCCACAAUUGUUAGGGCCAAUGUCUUCAAGCCCAUAUAACGGCGGCGGCUGGAUUUCAGUCGGCAUCAUGAUUGCCAAGACACCAUCCGGUUUUGUGCGUCACAGGCCGUGGACUCUGGUCGCAGAGCAUGGUUCACUCCUUGUUCGCCGGAGCCAACGUUCAGCAAGUUUGCCAGAGAUAGCAGAGUUAACCAUGGAUUCGUACGACGAGAGAGCCAAGCCGCUUAAGCUGGUACGUCACUUGACUUCCGAAGCAGCUUUGGAAUUGCAGGAUAUCAGAUUGAGGAAUUCAAUUUUUAUUUCUGUCGAUACCCGGCCUAUGGGCGGAACUCCAGUCGAGAUCCUCGGGGCAGAACCUAAAGCGCUUUGGGAUGGACUAAAUCGAACCUUUCUCGACAAAGUCAAGGAGGAAUCAGUCCACCGGAUAUACGACGCUCGUUUCCUACAUUUCUCCCUCCAUUCGAGCGAGAAAGUUCUACUCGUCACUGCCUUCGCUAGACAGACAUCCUCAAGGCCUCACGAACGUUACGCAGCCUUGCUCAAUUAUCAUGACGAUGAAAUGGGUAGAUGGAUCAUCGAUCGACUCGAUGACGAAUGGGAUGAAAAUUCAAUGCCGUACGCAGGUGUCAUCAACAUGUUGAAUAUGGUCAUAGAAGGUCAUCACGAGACAGGGCCUCGAUGGUGGCCGUCUGUGUCACUAUGCCCAGCAGAGUACUUCGCAACAAGCACGACUCCGGCGACGCGCAACAUCAGACUGUCUGAUGGUAGGGAACAAGAGCUGACGGUUAGCAUCAUUCCUCAUGAAGCGGCCGAAGGUGCUUGCGAGAUCAUCGUAUCAUUUAAUAGGUAACCCCUACUAUCCUCUUAGAGCACUUUAGACGUCGUUGCCACUUAACAAGAUAUCUCCGUUGAGCAUGAUCCGCCCACCACGACCCGCAGCAAAUCUACCAUAAACUCCACCCGAGUCCUGAAUUCCAACAAUAACAUGAAGGCAAGAUGGCCGAGCGGUCUAAGGCGCUAGCUUCAGGUGCUAGUCAAGUAAUUGGCGUGGGUU